UCACUGUGAAACCAUGAAACAUCCUAAGAAAUGGCGCGACGAUGGCCGCUGUGGAGCCGGUUACACUACAGCAGACGGGAGGACCGCUGAGUGUGAGCCUGACAGUAGUAACCCAUGCUGCUCUCGAUACAACUGGUGUGGGAACUCUGCAGAUUACUGUGACUGUGUGGGUUGUGUCGACUACCGUACAAGGGCUGUGUCUGAUUUGACCUUCCUCGAUAUCGAGACGGACCAAAUGACCCUGUCCUGGACAGCAUCUGCUAACGUCACACGAUACCGACUCCGUUACCGCCAUGCCGGAUCUUCGUACCAGUAUCUGUCUCCCCCGCCUGCACCGGGCGACACCCAGGCAACCGUACGCGGACUGUGGGCGGAUACAGAGUACAACUUCACCCUGACUGCGUUUGGAGAGGACGACGAGGAAAUAAGAGAGAUCAGUGGGACAGAGACAACAGCUAAAGUUAUCGUGAACGUGGACUGCUAUCAGGACCACAUGAGUAUGACCUUCCCUAGAGCAGCGCUAUCAGGGGCAGAUGUGGACAACAUGCACCUGUUGAACGACAGCUGCCGGGCGAUAUACACCGAGACGGAGGUGACUCUUCGGACCGGUCUGCAGGAGUGCGGGACGAUCCAGGAAUCGUCAGAUAAGAAACUCAUCUUCAUCAACGAAGCCAUCAGCAGUCCGGUAGUGCAAGAUAACGGCGCUGUGAGAGGAGUAACCUUCAGGAAGAGGUUCCAGUGUGAGUUCGUCAGUCAGUUUGUUAUCUCACAGGAAAAGGAGGUUCUCUUCAACAUCCCGCCUCCUCGCUUGGAAAUUGUGAAUGCGAAAAACCAGUUCACUUUCGAGAUGCACAUGUUUACAUCUCAAGACUUCACUGAUACCUACAAGUCAGCCGACUACCCUGUGCAGGUGACCCCGUCUCACCAGCUGAAUUUCGGACUGAGCGUGAACUCACCUCUGGACAACCUGGAGCUGCUCGCUCUCCACUGCCUCGCCACGCCGAGUACCGACCCUGACGACUCUCCAAGCGUCAGCAUCAUUCAUGACCGGUGCGACAUCGACACAACGCUUCAGUUAAACACUGACCUGUCUAACGACAUGGCCUUGUACUACUCCAUCCAAUCGUUCACCUUCCCCAACGUUGUCGCUCCCAACCUGGUGUACAUCCACUGCACCAUGGUGGUCUGCUUCAAGGACGACCCGGACUCGCGGUGCAGUGACGGGUGUAUCCCCGCUAGGCGGCGCAGGCGCGCUGUGUCUGACAUGAGCGAGGCCCGAGUGCGACGUGCGAGUGUAAGGGACCAACCAGCCCACAUCAUACAGGGACCCUUCCAAGUUAAAAGUGAACAAGAACAAGCCUCCACCCUGCCCACUGUCGGCAUCGCUGUCGGGACAGCUGCGGGGAUAGCUGGCGUCCUCCUGCUGGCUGUUGCUGUCUUCCUGGUGAGGAAGAGACGUGGUCGUGACGUCAAGGAACAUCGUGUCGGUUUUGACAACUACUCGUUCGAGCUCUGGGGAAAGGGCAAGGCUGACAACGCGACUCCCAAACCCGAGUAGUCUUGUUUUGUGUAAGGCUCGAACUUUCGGCAUGAGCGAUGUUCUUGUAAGAACCAAAUCUCUCU